UGGUGGGGCUUUGGAAGACAAUCUCAGCGAAGAAGUGUUUCAGAGAAUUUCUCUUAUUCUCCUCUACCACAUUCUCCAUCACAGAGAUGUGUGCCCUUCAGAACUCAGCAUGAAUAAUAAGGAUUACAAAUUCUACCUACAGAAUAUGCUUAGUUUAAGACGGGAUGAAGACUGUUACUAUUUUUCACGGAAUGAAACUGAAGAUAUUUUGGCCGCAGUAAGGCAACAUUUUAAAACUUCUGAAACCCAGUGUGUCGAUGUGAGUACUCUGGAGAAAAACGCUGAUAUAAUGGACAGAGAUGGUGCCGAUGAACACACUCUUCCACGUCUGGCUGCUUUAAUCAUCACUCUGGCUCUCCAAGGAGUCUGUAUGGGCAAAGCAAGUUUACCCUCCCCAGAAUUCUUUAUAAAAUAUAUUUUCAGUUCUCUAAACAGUACCACUGAGCUCCAAGUGACAGAUCUAGAACAACUAUUGAAUGUGCUUACAGCCAAAAAGACCUGCACUGUAACUGGACAAUUCCACAGUCACAAAAGAAGACGUUACAGUGUGGGCAUCAGAGGUACUGGAACCAGUAAUAUCAAAGGAAACCAUACAAAAGGAGACUAUCUGAAGGGUUAUUUUGAAGAUCAUGAAAGGAACACAGAGUGGGACCAGGCUUGUUUCUCUGCCAAUGAACUUGUGAAGAUAUUUUUAAGAAACAAUUCUUCCUCCAUUUCUAAGGACCACUUCAAGCAAAUCAGUCCAGCUAUCAUUCAGCAGCUGUUAAGUUGUUCAUGUCAGCUUCCUGACUCCAAGCAGACAAAGCUUCCACCGUCAACUUUGGAAAAAUAUGGUUACGGCACUGUUGCUGUUUUACUUAUUACUAUUGGAUCUAUGUUUGGUACAACCCUCAUUCUAUUUAACUCCUGUCAAGAAGUCUAUACACUCAUUUUACAACUGUUUGUUGGUUUGGCUGUUGGGACCCUUUCUGGAGAUGCAUUGUUGCACCUUAUUCCUCAGACUCUUGGUUUACAUAAACAUGAAGCACAAGAGGUAGAACAUUUCUAUGAGGGGAAAGAAUAUAUUUGGAAACUUUUGGGAACAAUUGGAGGAAUUCAUGGAUUUUUUCUGAUAGAAAAAUGUUUCUUUCUUUUGGUAACACCACGGAUCCAGCAGGGUCUUUCUUUAGUUAAUGGGCACUGGGGACAUUCCCAUGAUCUUCCAGUGGAAUCUGAAUUAAAUGAACAUGCAGGCAGAGGCAAAUCUACUUCAACCAUACAGUUGAGAAGCCCUGAAGAUUCUGAGUGUGCUGAAGUUCCUCCAGAGAGUAAGGCGAUCAGCAAAACAAGUAAGAAAAUUAGCUUGUUAGCAAUAAUGGUUCUGGUGGGUGACAGUCUUCACAAUUUUGCUGAUGGCUUGGUAAUAGGAGCCGCGUUCUCGUCCUCAACAGAAACAGGUGUGACAACGACCAUUACUAUUUUAUGCCAUGAAAUUCCUCAUGAAAUGGGAGAUUUUGCUGUGCUGCUAAGUACAGGGCUGCCCACCAGGAUUGCAAUUUUGAUGAAUUUCAUAAGUGCACUCACAGCAUUCUUAGGACUCUAUAUUGGCCUUUCUGUAUCAAAUGACCCGUGCAUUCAAAACUGGAUUUUUACUGUUACAGCUGGAAUGUUCUUGUACUUAUCUUUAGCAGAAAUGCUUCCUGAAAUGACUCAUAUUCAGACACGGCGACCCUGGUUGAUGUUUCUCCUACAGAACCUUGGAUUACUAUUAGGCUGGCUUUGCCUCUUCCUUUUGGCUGUAUAUGAACAGAAAAUUAAAAUAUAAGUUUUCUGUUGGAAACCUUGAAGUGCCACUUAUGACAGUGGAUAGCAUUAUUCACAGUUUUGUCACGUCUGCUCUAGUGAUAAAUGUAAAUUGAGAU